CUUGGGGCAUAGUGUCAACUGAGUUGCUAGUUGUUAUUUUAGCACUCGCGAUCUAGCUGUCCUUUUAAACUGCUGGCCUUGACAGACCCAGCUAUUAGCGAGAUCAGAACAACAAUGAGUUCAUAGCACAGGAAGCCGAUCCUGCAAAUAAAAAUAAAGGCUUUGGCUUAAAAUGGCACAGGUGCGGCUGUGCACCCUGAAAGAAGCACAGAGCGUCAGGAGCGACCAAGGCGUCAGUGUAUAUGCCUGCAUCGUAAAUUCGUAUGCCGUAAUUCGGUCGAAUGGGAACGACCAUUACAUGCACCUCGUCCUCAAGGAUGAUACCUUGUCGCAUGGGGAGAGCCUUUAUGCCGUGGUAUUUGGAAAAUGCGAAGACCUUGACAAAAUUAGAGAGGCUGAGUUGCCCCUCAUUAUCCAUGUCCAUCACGCCAAGACACAACAGUUCAAGGGCAGCCUGCAGCUGCUGUUGAGGAGUAGCUCUGGCUUUGCCGUUUAUGCCGCUUCGGAAGAUAGGGGUGGAGAAGGCGCAGCUGCUGGUGGUUGUGGUGGGAGCAGGGGCGCCUAUGGCAGCCGGAACAAUGCCGCUAUGGCUCCCCUUAUGAAAUCCACUAUCGCCAGCAAGUUCCUACCGCCCGACCCCGAGCGCGUCCAGCAGCUGAGGCGGUGGAUACAGCAGCAGCGGGAGCCCCCGCCGCCCCCGCCGCAAGCAGCAGCGGUGGUGCCAGUGGCGUCACCUGCCGUACAGGUCCAACAAGGGGCUCGGCUGGUCAAGAUACAGGACGUGGCUCCUCCCUCGGACCCUGCGAGCGGCGCACCCGCAUGCGGCCACCUGCCCCCGGUGGACCUCAUAUGCAGGGUCCUCGCGGUAGACUUCACCUGCCUCCCCCACUACUUCAUCGUGCACGUGUGGGACGGCACGGACGCGCAGCCCCUGCCGCUGCAUUACACCUCCGCUCCGCCCGGGUACCUGCCGCCGGAGCAGCAGCUGCAGCAGCAACCCCACCAGCACCCUGAGGUGCAUCAGCAGCAGCAGCAGGG